AUGAAGUUGUUAAUUGUGAUUGUUGCAUUAGCUACCAUUGUUUACGCUCAAGAUGGAUAUCCAUCAACUGGUUUGAAUAUUGAUGAAGCUAUUAAAAAUGCUGAUAUAUUUAAAAAUUAUAUUUCAUGUCUCGAUAAUACUGGACCAUGUACGCCAGAAGGUGAACAAAUCAAAAAUCUAAUGGGUGAAGUUGUAGCGACAUGCUGUGAAAAAUGUAGUCAAAAACAAAAAAAUGAUUUUCGUAAAGUAUAUCAACAGUUGGCAAAAACAUCACCAGAUGCAUUAGAUCGUCUUCGAAAAUUAUACGAUCCAAAUGGUGCAUAUGAACCAGAAUGUAAAAAACAAUUAUCUUAAAUGUAAAAAAUAUGAAUGAAAAGAUAGAUUU